AAAAGCGAAAUUAAAAACGAAAGAGAGAGGAAAUCUACGAACUUGAUUUUUAAGAUCCUUCAGAAUCCUUGCUAGCUAAGGAACAUUCAGAGUGAUUGAUUCUGAUCGAGAUCAACACCAUGUCGAUGCUCGAUUCCUUCUUCGCCAAGGGCUUCAAAGGUUCCAAAUGUAAAACCCUUCUGAAGUUGACAAUUCCUCGUAUAAAGCUGCUAAGAAACAGAAGAGAGAUCCAGUUAAAGCAGAUGCGCCGUGACAUUGCUAAACUACUUGAGACUGGGCAAGAAGCUACUGCUCGCAUAAGGGUGGAGCAUAUUGUCCGAGAAGAAAAUAUGAUGGCUGCUCAAGAGAUCAUUGAACUGUUUUGUGAGCUUAUUGCUGUCCGCCUUCCGAUAAUUGAAUCUCAGAGGGAAUGUCCUCUAGAUUUGAAGGAAGCUAUAUCUAGUGUAUGUUUUGCUGCACCAAGGUGUGCCGACCUACCAGAGUUGUUGCAGGUUCAAAUGUUAUUUGCUUCCAAAUAUGGGAAGGAAUUUAUAUCAGCAGCAACUGAGCUCAUUCCAGAUUGUGGUGUUAACCGCCAGUUAAUAGAGCUGCUGUCAAUUCGUGCCCCUUCACCCGAAAAGAAACUGACACUUCUAAAAGAAAUUGCUGUUGAGCAUGACGUAGACUGGGAUCCAACUGCCUCGGAAGCUGAGUUCUUGAAGAAACAUGAAGACUUACUGAAUGGCCCAACACAAUUCUUUAGUGGAUCUAAAGUGCCCCUUCCUGAAGAAAAACACAAUGAAGCAUUGUAUUCUGCUCCUGACCAACCCAACAAAGGAGAACCUGAUUCUGAUUCUGAUUCCGACAUAUUAGAAUUUCCUGAAGUUCCUAAAGUAUCGGUGAGGUCAAGUGCGAAUUUUGCCAUGGCUCCAGAAACGGUUACAUCCUCUCCAUCUAUUCCACCCCCUGAAGUUGGCCUUCAUUCAUCAAGCAGUUCUGGAGGUUCUGCAGAUAUAAAGUCUGAAUACACAGAAGAAAAAUCGAUGGUCAAUACAAAUGAACCCCAUGAUUUCGCUGGCAGUAUGGAAAAGAAACAGUUUGUGCCUUUCAUCUCCCCUCCAAUGUCUUCUGAUGGAUCAUUUUCUGCGAGGCAUAGCGACUCAUCCCCGUCCCUUUCAAAGACCACAGCUGAGGCUGAUGUUGACUUGAAUGAUGUGUUGGUUGCUGCUCAUACUGCUGCUGAAACGGCUGAACGUGCUGCAGCAGCAGCUCGCUCAGCAGCUACUCUUGCGCAAAUUCGCAUUAACGAGCUUACCAAGAAAAGUGGUGAAAAUGUACCAGACGGUAGUUCUGAGAACCCAUUUUAUACAGGAAACAAUAUAAAUCAGUCCAGAACACCAGAAACAGGGAAUUAUACUGAGCAAAAAGCUGUGGAUGACUACAAUGGUCAUGGCGCAAGUAGUUAUGAGUCCCCCAAUCAUCAGAAUGCCCCCCCUGGUUCUGAUUCAUCGAGAUUUACUUCAUUUGACACACUAAAGCCAGACCUUGAUUCUUGUCUACCAGAAGACAAAACAUCUGGCCACCAGCCCAAGAGAUUACCUUCAAUGGAUGAGGACCCAUAUUUCUCGUACCCCAACUUAUUUACCUCACAAAACUCAAAUGCUGGAUCUCAUACUCAAUUAGAUAAUACCAGAUCCCAUCAUGAUCUGUGACAGGUCCUUGAUAUGUAUGAGAUCUUCCUUGUGAAUGAGUUUCGACAGUGCUGUAGAGUUGUGGUUGAGUUUUUGCUGUGCAUGCAGUUUCCGGUUUAUACCAUAUUCCGCAUCCUUCGUACCUAUAUUCUGCAUUCAGUGAAAAUUUUGAAUUUAUAUUAUGAAGCCUUCUUUCCUGUUGGUGCUGAAUUUGUUGAUGGUGAGUGAGGCGACAAUGAUUGUAAAAAUUCUUAGUGUUGGGAAUAAAAGGUUCUCAUUUUCAGUUCUGUUUAUGUUUAAA